AUGAAGAAAACCCAACCCAAACCCUCAGACCCCAGCUUUGGACCUUGGAGUUGGCGGUGCGAGCUUAAACGACUCUCGUCGGAUGCCGUCGGGGCAUCACGGCACCACCAGGACGCUCUGUCCGCCAAGUGUACUACACAUCGUUUCAAUUCAGGCCGGCUCCUUGCUCCUGAGGCAAACAACAUCCCAAAUUCCAUUCUAUAUGACGUGCCAGACGUCUUCUACGACGUUUCGGUAAACUGGAGACCUGGCCUGUCUCCCUACCCUCUCUCGACCCUCGCGCCUUGCGACCCCUCUCGUCAAUGCUUCUUGGACAAAGGGAUGCGAUUUGACGGGACCGGCCCGUAUGUAUCGCCACUACAGAACCCAGCCAAACUUACCCAAUCCCACACUCUAUUGAUGAGGCUUUUCCCAGCUGUAGCCAGUGCAGGUCUGGCAAUGAGCCAAGCUGGUAUUUACUCCAAAGUCUACGCUGCACGCCAAAUCAUAAUUCGCGAGAACGACUUGGCUUCUGUCGUCCAGACUUCUGGGCCACUGCGGCGAUUACUACGCAACCUGAAUGCGUAUUUGAUAGCUCCAAUGCUCGCGGCUCCAGACCCGGAUCUCUGGCUGUCUGCGUCACAGAACGCCGACUCUCUGGUCUCAGGCCCCCUUCUCGGCCGACACAAUGAAAAUAAGUCUGGCCAUACACCAUUUUCACCACCCACCAUUAGCAUUCCCAUGUCUAGCACGUCAAAACAACGACAAUACAGCCUCACCAUCGCCCAGCGGUGGGCCUUGACAUUAUCCAAGGCAUUCAUCUCGGUAAUUUCUCCAACUUUUGUUUCUGUGGCGCUUUGGCCCGCCGCGAAACGCCUCCGCGUUUCGGCGUCAAAGAGGGGACUACCCAGACUCGGGGAGCUCGAGGCUCCGCCUGCCCGAGUCUCGUCAGCCAAUGGGUUUCAUUCCUCGAUCGCAAGUUGCUACAAAUUGGAAGAGCUCAGGGAGACCGUCAUGAAAUUACCGGUACGCUUGUCGAUAGGAGAAUCUGUCAUUAUCCACCAAGGCCAAGGCUCCGUAAGGCUUGUUGUAGACACCCUCGUCAUCUCGCUUCCGCUUUAUGAUAUCCCCUUGACCCUUUCCCUUUACUCAAUGAGUAUUGAGGAUCAACUGCCUCCAACUACAUAUCCUGAGACGCUACAGAAUGUUUCCUACGAGCGGGAGGCUCUGAGGUCGGUUCAGGUUGUUGUAGACAAUAAUACCGAUGAAGUUCAAAACGCCGCACGCGCAUCCCCCCGGUUCCGCGGCACACGAGACCAGGCUAGAAUAGCACAAGAGCACGAGGGCGUCAGGGAUACUAGAGGUAGCAUUGCAGAUGUCAACGAUCAAGGUCCAAGACCCCGCGCAGAAAGCCCGUGUAUUCCUACCUUUCGGGGUGUUCUGCUCCAGAAAUGGCACGGACACUGCCUUGAGAGAUGGCCUUCAGCAGGGUAUCUUGGCGGUUGCAUCUACAAGGCCCUGCUGGGGUUCUCAGUCCACACUCGGAGGUCGGAACUCUUGCGUUACGAAUACAGCAGUAUUGACGCAAGUGAGUACGAAAGUAUGGAAUGGGCUUACGACGUUGUUUACGAAGCUGUCGGCAAGUUCAAUUGCUUUCCAACAACCAUACAUCCCCCGAUGUCUACAACGUCUGAUGCCAAGCCACCAGGAAACAUGUUGAAUCAGAACCCCACUGCCAAGACCUUUGCAGCUUUCAAUGUGGAGGUCAAAGAGCUGUCAUUUGGUGACAUCCAAAGCUUCAUCAAAGCAAGCUAA